UGUUUGUAUAUACCAAGAAAAUCAAGAUGGCUUUAUCUGAUGAGGAGAUUAAUGAAAUUAAGGAUCUUAUUGGUUCUGCCAUUUUGGACUCAGAAUUACCGGGUGGUUUAAGAUGGCCUUUAAACAAGCGCCAUUCUUCAGGGGGUCGAUAUGUUGUUAAUGUUAUUGGUCACACAACUGCAAAAUCAUAUAGGAAUUCAUCAAUUAGGUUUAAGUUUCGACAUGCAAAUCGAUCUAAAUUCAAAUCUUCAACUGGUGAGGUUACACAGGAGAUUUUCCUGAAAUUGCCUGGAAUUGUAUCAGAGUUACAUAAGCAAACAAUGGAUGAAGAUGUGGUGUUUGAAAUGCUGAAAAACAACUUGAAGUUAAUGUGGGAUCUUUGUCUAUUAGAUGGCUCGAACUCACAGUCUUAG